AUGGAGAGGAAACCUCAGGCAGCAGUCAUUUGGCUCAUGAAGAAUUACUUUACCUUGGAGUUUCCGUGUCCCACCAUUCCAAACAUGGCCUACAUGGGCGGCUUCCAGUGCAAGCCCUCCAAGCCGCUUCCCCAGGACAUGGAGGACUUUGUCCAGAGCUCUGGGGACCAUGGGGGCAUCAUCAUGUCCCUGGAGACCUUGGUAGGACAGCUACCUGAGGGCAACGCUGAGGAAAUCGCCGCUGCCAUUGCCCAACUGCCUCAGAAGGUCAUCUGGAGGCACACUGGGAAGAGACCUGCCUCCCUGGGCAUCUGCACCUUACUGGUGGACUGGCUCCCCCACAAUGACCUCCUGGGACACCCCAAGACCCGGGCCUUCAUUGGCCACGGCGGCACCAACGGAGUCCAGGAGACCAUCUACCAAGGUGUCCCCAUAGUUGGCCUCCCAUUUAUCUUCGAUCCGCCUGAUAACCUCAACAAGAGGAGGGCUAAGGGAGUGGCUAAGAUAGUGGACAUCGCCACCUUAGACAGAGACGUCUUCCUGGAGAUGGUGAAGGCUGUUCUCUAUGAGCGGUCCUACAGGGAGAACAUGCAAAGGCUGUCCAGGCUACAGAAAGACCAGCCUAGGGGACCCUACUCUUUGUUUUGCAGUACUUUAGGUCUUGGGGAAGGUGACCUCAUUGUGAGAUACUAA